AUGAAGUUCCUAAGUCUCCUUGGUGCCUCAUUGUUGGCUGGUCACGUUAGUGCCUUUCACGGCCAGCUCGCCGCCUCCGGCUAUAUCGAGAACCCGAAUAGUCCUGGGUAUGUCUAUCAGACCAUCUAUCUGACUGACUACACUACUGGAUCUACCUACGCUGCAAAUGUUUAUGGGGGUUUCAAUAAUUGUGCUACCUCGGAAUGUUGGGCCAAGUAA